CUUCCUUUCCCGCUCAAACCUGAGACUGAUUUCGGGUCUUCUGUAAACGGAUCUAGAUAAUAUGAACCGGGUCGUCAUCAGUUUUGCGGGAAGAAGAACGAACCUCUCUUCUCUAAGUGCCUCUUUAUAAAACCAUACUCUUCCUCCUCACCGUCAUUCAGGCCCUGUUCCUCACUCUACACCUUUCAGUUUCUCUCUCUACGGCUUGUUCCUCUUACUUUCUCUCUCUAGGUCAACGAAUUCCCCUGCUGAUUCAGUUGAAUUGGUACACUAAAUUCAAUGGAGGGAGAAAUAGCAAAAUUAGGGCUCAGAGGCAAGAGAAUUCCCACCGGUAAGAGCAGCUACGAUAACAGUCUCCGAUCGUCGCUUCUCUCAAGUCAACUCGGCAGUGACGGAGGUCUGAACACUCUCCGGCCAUCGGAGUUGCAGAUGAUGAUGAUGACGUCACGCUCUGAUCACUCCAACUUCCUCAAGGACCUGCACCACCGUCAAGACGUCAUGGACCGCCAGCACGCCGUGCUUACUUUCCUGGAAAAAGCAGCCGAGGAAGCGCAAUCUCUUCGCGAAGAAAACAUCGGUCUCAAGAUGGUCAACUCUCGGUUGACUGGCGAACUGGCUUACCUGCGGGAAGCCGCUUCUCAUUAUGCUGCGGCGGCGGUUGGGCAUUCGGGUAUGGGUGUAGGUCCGGAUCCGCUUUAUGAUCUGAAUUCUAUUAUAAAUGUAAUGGAGAGCAUGGGCUUGGUUGGGGAGAGUAACGGAGGGGCACAACAUGACUGCAAAAGUGAUCUGGUGAAUACAGUUCCGCCUGGCUUUAAGGAUUUUGAUCCUACUGAAGAGAAAGAGAACUUGGUUCCGAAUCCGGACCGUGUUACAUUGCCCAAGAGUAUCUCCAUUCGGUCCAAUGGGUACCUGAAAACUGCUCAACCUGGUGGAAGCAGUGGACUGAAAGCAAAUAAGCAAAGGGUAUAUGUUCCAGGAGGAGAAACAGAGGAGGAACCACUAGAGGUGGAUGUGUACAAGCAGGGAAUGCGGAAGACUGAGCUGUGCAACAAAUGGCAAGAGACGGGGACAUGUCCAUAUGGGGAAAACUGCCAGUUUGCUCAUGGGAUCAAGGAGCUGCGACCCAUAAUUCGCCAUCCACGCUACAAGACUGAAGUGUGCCGCAUGGUUCUGGAUGGUGUUCACUGCCCCUAUGGACACAGGUGCCACUUCCGCCAUACUCUAACCGAUGAAGAGAAGCUCAAGAGGUCCAGGAACGUGAGGCCCCUGAAACCAGUUAACCGUUAGUUUCCAUCUAUCUGCAUUCCAUCAACCUUCUGAGGAUGAACUGAAGAUUUUUUUAAAUGCUGUUACAUGUGGAUAAAUAAGUACGCACCAAAGGCGCUGUUUAUGGUUCGUAAUCUUAGAAGUUCAUAAUUAGGCAGUGUGAAGCAUAACUAGCCUAGUAAAGUGGCAGAAGUAACAGUAUCGUUAGAACUAAUAAAGUGAGGCGAGCUGCUAGAGUGCAUAUCACCAUCAGCAUGUACUCAUAAGGUAAUAAUGUCUGUAUUUGUUUACGAUAUCUUCUAUAUCAAUUUAGCAUUGUGAUAAAUUGCAUAUUUCAUGCGUAAAUGUAGCAUUUAGUCUGAUCAUCUUACCCAGUGGAGGAAGACCUGAGAUCAUCUAUGUAACUAUGUAGGCAUUUACUUGUAACUGCCACCAUUGAGCUUUUUCUGUGUUUUGUAUUUCUGAGUAGUAACUUUUGUAAGAACUUUU